CCUCCACAAGCAAAUCCCUUUUCAUGGUGAAUGGACAAAAAUCAUGGAAGGCAACGAUUCAAGAAGAAGUGGAGAAAUUCAAUGGAGAUAAGGAAGAAAAGCAAUUCGAGAAACGGUCGAUAUACCAUUUACCACCAUUCGCCGAGAAGAUGAAAAGCGAGACCUUGUUAACACCCCAAGUUGUUUCUUUCGGCCCCUACCACCACGGUAAACAAAACUUGAUGCUGGUUGAAGGCUACAAAAAAACCGCACUCAUACAUUUUCUUGUCAAUGCUGGGCAAUCUCUACAAUAUUUUAUUGAUGAGAUGAAAUACCAUGUGAACGAUUUGCAAGCAUGUUAUGAAUUUUUGGAAGAAGAGUGGCAAGAUAAAGACAAGUUCAUUAAACUUAUGAUCACUGAUGGCUGCUUCAUGCUAGAACUUCUACGAAUCGAUAAGAACCAGCCUGUAAAGACUCCUUAUGCCAAACAUGAUCCCAUAUUCAGCGAUCAUGCGACUGAACACAAACUGCUUCACAUAAAGAGGGACAUGCUUAUGCUUGAGAACCAACUUCCUCUUUUGGUUCUAAAGGUGUUGCACCAAGAGAAGACAGACAAAAAGAUCAACAAACUAGUCUUCAAGUUUUUUGAUAUGGAAUACAUGCUUGACACCACCCCUGAUCAGUUGGGACUACACGUUCUUGACUUGUAUAGAAAAGGCUUGAUUGCAACGCAAACCGAUCCAAGUGCAGCACCAGCCUUUACCAAUAACACCUCUAUCUCAAUUGCACAAGAAAACAGAGCGCAACCACCACAGAGUGCAGCAAAUAUAUAUCCAGUAGAGAGCGAUAACGAUGUGCCGAUGCUGAGCGCAAUGAAGCUCCAUCAAUCCGGUGUUAAAUUUGUAAAAGCUUCAAAUGAGAUCAAUAACAAAAAGAUCACUGGCAUAACUUUCGAGAAAGGCAUCCUCAAGCUCCCAUACUUCAUCAUCGACGAUGCCACAGAGUCCACCUUACUCAACCUCAUGGCCUUCGAGCACCUCCACGUCGGCCUUCAAGAUGAGGUUACAUCCUACGUUUGCUUCAUGGAUGAGUUAAUUGACUCAGCUGAUGAUGUCCAUUUGCUCCGAUCCAAGAAAAUCAUCCAUAUGGCUGUUGGAAGUGACCAGGCUGCCGCGGAUCUUCUGAACAGUCUCACUAAAGAAGUCACACAUGAUCCAAAAGGUAAAAUUCAAGAGGUUCGGGAAAUGGUGAAGAAAUACAGUGGAAAAAAUUGGAACAGAUGGCUGGCUGACCUCUUGCAUUUACAUUUCGAGACACCUUGGAAAACUCUUGCAGCUGUUGCUGCUGUGCUUCUAUUGGUGCUCACCGUUGUUCAGACACUUUAUGCAGUGUUAAGCUACCACCAUUCCUCGAAGUAGUCUAAGUUAUCUAUGCAUUGCUUUUUGUUUUGCAUCAGACCAUCGGUUUAUUAGAUUGACUUCCUAGUUUUAUAUAUAUAUAUAUAUAUAU